AUGGGUAUUCCAAAAUUCUUUAGGUACAUCUCUGAAAGAUGGCCUAUGAUCUCGCAAUUGAUUGAUGGGACACAGAUCCCUGAGUUUGAUAAUCUGUAUCUGGAUAUGAACUCGAUUUUGCAUACGUGUACGCAUGCAAAUGAUGAUGAUGUUACGAAGCGACUUUCAGAAGAAGAAGUAUUCGCCAAGAUUUUCACAUAUAUCGAUCAUUUGUUCCAUACUAUCAAGCCUCAAAAAACGUUUUACAUGGCCAUUGAUGGUGUCGCCCCUAGAGCUAAAAUGAACCAGCAAAGAGCGCGUCGGUUUAGAACCGCAAUGGACGCGGAGAAAAAUUUGAAAAAUGCCAUUGAAAGAGGCGAACCGAUCCCCAAGGGUGAACCUUUUGAUUCUAAUUCCAUUACGCCUGGUACUGAGUUUAUGGCCAAAUUAACGCAAAAUCUGAAAUAUUUUAUUCACGACAAGAUUUCUAACGACUCGCUGUGGAACUCUGCUGAGAUUAUACUGUCCGGACAUGAGGUUCCUGGAGAGGGAGAGCACAAGAUAAUGAGCUACAUCCGCACAAUGCGUGCCCAAAAGGACUAUAACCCAAACACAAGGCAUUGUAUUUAUGGUCUUGAUGCGGAUCUCAUAAUGCUUGGUUUGUCAACGCACGACCCACAUUGUGCUCUUUUAAGAGAAGAAGUCGUUUUUGGCAGGCGUCAAAAGACGAAGGCCCUCGAGCACCAGAAUUUUUUCUUACUUCAUUUGUCGAUUAUGAGAGAGUACCUUGAACUUGAGUUUUUGGAGAUAGCCGACGAAUUGAGCUUUGAAUUUGAUUUUGAACGUAUUCUUGACGACUUUAUUUUAGUUAUGUUUGUCAUCGGGAAUGACUUUUUGCCAAACCUUCCGGAACUGCAUUUGAACAAAGGUGCGUUCCCCGUUUUACUGCAAACUUUCAAAGAGGCAUUGAGACACUCUGACGGUUAUAUGAAUGAAAAUGGUACAAUAAAUCUGAAAAGACUACAGGGCUGGUUUACCUAUUUGGCGAAGUUUGAGCAAUUAAAUUUCGAAAAAGCAGACGUUGAUGUGGAGUGGUUCAACAAACAGUUGGAAAACAUCUCUAUACAAGGCGAGAAAAAGAGAGCAAGAAUGGGGAAAAAGCUCCUAUUGAAACAACAAAAGAAGAUUGUUGGGAUGGUAAAACCUUGGCUUUUCAAAACCUUGAACCAAGAACUCGACUCCGACAAGAUCCAAUCUUCAGAACAUGUUCCAACUCUGUCUCUGGAAUCAGAAAGUGUUAUGGACAAUUUAAGCUUUUUGAAGGAACUGGCAUUUGACUUGGGACUUUUCGUUGCUCAUUCCCAGUCAACGGAUACUUACUCGUUAAUGCUCGACGUGGAUGGUAUUGACCCUACAGAGAGCAACGAUCAACGCCAAGAACGAAUCAAUGAAUUGAAGAAAACGAUUAAGAGCUAUGAACGUUCCAUCAUAGUUGAAGACGAAGAUGAGCUGCAGCAAGAGCAACAAACCUACGACGAACGGUUUGACCGCUGGAAAGAUCAGUAUUAUAAAGAAAAGCUGGGCUUUAGUUACUAUGACACUAAUAAGCUGAAACUUCUUGCGGAGAACUAUGUCGAAGGUUUGCAAUGGGUAUUAUAUUACUAUUAUCGUGGAUGUCAAUCGUGGCCUUGGUUCUACAAGUAUCAUUAUGCGCCUCGUGUGUCCGAUGUCAAACUGGGUUUAGACCAAAUCAUCAGGUUUGACCUAGGGACACCUUUCAAGCCCUUCCAACAAUUAAUGGCUGUGUUGCCUGAAAGGUCUAAAACCUUGAUUCCUGCCUGUUACAGGACUUUGAUGUUCGAUCCUCACUCACCUAUUUUAGAUUUGUAUCCUGCUGAAGUUGAGCUUGAUAAAAACGGGAAGACUGCUGAUUGGGAGGCCGUUGUAAAACUUCCUUUUGUUGAUGAGAAGCGCUUAAUUGAUGCCAUGGCUUCUUUCGAUGCCAAAUUAUCUCCCGAAGAAAAGGCCAGAAAUGCUUUUGGAAAGGAUUUGGUAUUCGUGUACAAUCCACAAGUGGACAAUGUAUACAAAAGUCCCUUGAGCGGAGUGUUUUCUGAUAUUGAACAUAAUCAUUGUGUUGAACACGAAUUCAUACCAAGACCAAUGGAUGGAUUAGAGCCACUAUUUGGACUUCCAGAAGGCGUAAAGCUCGGAGCCGAGGCUCUAGCAGGUUUCCCGACUCUCAAAACGGUACCUUUUGAUUAUAAGUUGGACUACAAUGAAUGCCUCAUUUUUCAACAACCAUCCAAGCAACAAUCGAUGCUACUCUUUAUUAAGGACGUGCUUUCAGAAAAUAAUCUCACUUCGGUCGAAUUAGCCAAGCGUCAAGUGGGAAACAUUGUUUAUUCAAGAUGGCCGUAUCUGAGGGAAUGUAAACUCCUGUCCAUUAAUGAUGGCGAGAAAUUAUUUGAAGUUCAGGAAAAACGAAUCAAUAACGAAAAUGCUGAGAAAACGUUUAAAGUUGUCCAAAAGUCACUAGAUGAAGUGGACAGAAGAAACUUUAGGACACAGAGGGCUUCGAUGAUUAAAAACUACUCAACCCAAAGAGGUGUUAAGUUAAAUGACAUUAAAUUGAUCGCUAAAGUUGUUCCUGUAAAUGGUCUUAUCAGAAAUGCCGAUGGUGCCUAUGUCAAGACGUUUUCUUCUAUUGAGGAAUUUUAUCCAGUCCAGCUUAUUGUUGAGGAUGUGAAGAACAAAGACAUAAGGUAUGCUGAAAGACCGCCGCUACCGAUUGAGGAAGAAUUCCCCCAGGAUUCCAACGUUAUAUUCUUGGGUGACUACGCCUAUGGGGGUGGAGCUACCAUUGAUGGGUAUAGUAGCAAAACAAGACUCAAGUUGACUGUGGAGAAAAGAUCUAUGAAGUCUGAGCCAAAAAUCGGCAAACUUAGAGCUAAAAUGGAUGAGAGCAGCGUUCGGUAUUACCCGUCAUAUAUCGUUUCCAAAAAAUUGCAACUGCACCCGCUGUUUCUGUCGAGACUCACAUCGAAGUUUAUCGUAGCGGAUGCGAAAGGAAAAUCAAUCAACGUGGGGCUCAACAUCAAGUUUGAAUCUCGUCGUGAAAAAGUGUUAGGUUAUGCUCGGCGCAAUGUCAAGGGAUGGGAGUACUCGAACCUGACGAUGGAACUCAUCAGCGAAUACAGAAGAAACUUUAGAGUAUUUUUCGACAACCUCUCCAAUCACAAAGGUGAUAUCCCCAACAUUCAGAAUUUGUGCCCAGGGGCUGAUGCCAAGGAACUAGGUGCUUUGGUCGAUCAAAUCUCUUCAUGGCUAAAAGUAGUGAAACAGUCUUUCGUCACGGUCUCACUAGAAAGCGACUCUUUGACUAAAACGUCCAUCGCUGCAGUUGAGAAUGAGAUUGAAGCCUACUCGAAGGGCACAGAGCGGGCAGAGACUAAACAGCUUGCCAAGGUUCCUCGGGAAGCAGUUUUGGACCCGAAAACUUCGUACACCUUACUAAGAAGCCAAAGGUUCGAUCUUGGUGACCGAGUGAUUUAUGCUCAGGAUUCGGGGAAAGUUCCUCUGUUUUCUAAAGGAACAGUGGUAGGUUACACUACCAUUGGUAGUAGUCUGUCUAUCCAGGUUGUAUUUGACGAUGAGAUAGUCGCAGGAAAUGACUUUGGCGGAAGAUUGCGGACAAAAAGAGGGUUGGGCCUAGAUUCGUCCUUACUCUUAAAUUUAACGAACAGACAAUUCAUAUAUCAUUCGAAGGCUUCUCAAAAGAAUAAAGACACUAGUGUGAAAAGAGUUGAUGCUAAAAUGAACCACCCUAAGGCAGUUCAAAGAAAGAAGGCUCCGUCAGAAUUGAAAAAGAUGCAUGCGCACGAAUUACUGACUGUAAUCCAAAAUAAGAACGACGAACCAGAGUCGAAACCCGCAUCCAACGGUGAAGCUCCAGAAAAUCCCUCUCAAACUGCAACUUUCCCAACAGAAGGUGCGUUGGCAAGCAACGUGUAUCAAGCUGUGUUCAAUCAAUUUUCCGAAAUGCCUGUCAAAUCUACGCCAGUGCAACCAACGUUUGGCCUUCCUUACGCUAUGCCACCAAAUCUACCACCACCAGGUUAUGCUAUGCCUCCAGUUCCUCAUGGCUAUCCGCCUAUGCACCCUUCAAUACCUGGAGUUCCCACUGCAAAUGUUGGGCCGGGACUUCCAUUUCAUAAUCAAGCUUUGAGUAAUGGGAGUCCAAUCCAGCAUGGGAACGAAAAACCGUCGUCCAACCAUGCAGAACAAAACGGAAGAGCCUUCAACUCUCAGUUUGACAGACAUGAGAGGGCAAAUUCACGAGGCUCUUCGAGAGGUCGUGGCAGACGUGGUGGGAUUACUCGUGGACGUGGUGGGAACGGUAGAGGCAGAGGCCGAGGCAAUCAUGCUGGUUUCGAACAGGCCUCACCACUAUCUGCGUGA